UCUGUUGUUCCAGGUGUUUACUUCUCGCAGUAGUGCAUUUUCUCACUUCCACUGCACCAGGAUGCUCAGGCUCUUUGCUAUCUUGGUCAUUGUCGGGCUGUUGCUGGCGUGUCUCACUUCCUGGGUGUUAGACAUCUACGAUACCUCCUGGCAUCCUAAACGGAGCCUAGAGCAAACCGGUGAUGAGCUAUCCAAGAAAAGUGACAUACCCUAUCCCGGCGGAGAACUGGACAACAUAUUUUGGUUUGUGCAGGUGUCAGACAUUCAUAUCAGCCGAUUUCGUGAUCCAAGACGUAUACCAGACUUUGAGAAGUUUUGUACGGAAACGAUUGACGUGAUCAAGCCAGCUCUUGUGCUUGCCACAGGGGAUUUAACAGAUGCCAAAACAGAGAGCAAAGUAGGAUCACUUCAGCAUGAGGUGGAGUGGCAAGCCUAUCACAAUGUCUUGAAGAGGUCGCGGGUCUUGGAACACACAAAGUGGAUUGACAUCCGUGGAAACCAUGAUGCCUUUAACAUUAUAUCGCUGGAAAGUGUGAACAACUACUACAGGAAGUAUUCUGCCAAUCAAAAAGUCGGCUCUUUCCACUACAUACAUAGGACCUCCUUUGGCAAUUACUCUUUUGUCUGUGUUGAUGCCACUCUCACCCCUGGGCCUAAACGGCCCUACAACUUUUUUGGUAUUCUUAAUCAGACUCAGAUGGAUGAGUUGGCUACUUUCAGAGAAGAGAGCCGGAGCAGCAAUCAGUCCAUCUGGUUUGGGCAUUACACCACAUCUACUGUCAUUUCCCCCUUCCCAGGAAUUAGGACAAUGAUGAGUUCAGCUGUAGCCUACCUGUGUGGACACCUGCACACUCUCGGGGGCCUGAUGCCCGUGCUGCACAGCAGACACUCUGGGGGUACACUGGAGUUGGAGCUUGGCGACUGGAUGGACAACAGAAGGUACAGAAUACUGGCCUUUGACCAUGACCUGCUGAGUUUCUCUGACCUGACAUUUGAGGAGUGGCCUGUGGUGCUAAUUACCAACCCUAAAGAGGCGCAGUAUCUCCACCCUGGCCUGGAACCAUUCGGUCGAAUUCGCAGCUCAACACACAUCAGGAUCUUGGUCUUUUCCACUGCCCCAAUCACUGCCGUAUACGUCAGUGUAGACGGAUUGCCUAUGGGGAAAGGUCACUCAGUUGGGGGUCCACUGUACGUGCUGAGCUGGGACCCCUCCAAGUAUGCUACAGGGUUGCACACCAUCAAGGUUAAAGUGGAGGACUCCGCUGGACGCUCCAUAGUGCGGGAGCAGCUCUUCACGCUGGAGGAAGACCUCUCUCCAGGCUUUGGCUUCCUGCAGUCUUUCAUCCUGCUCACUGACCACUACAUCCUGGCAAGGAUAGCCUUUGUGCUGGUAGUGUUGCUUAACAUUGGAGCAUUGGUGGUGUUCAGAUUUCUGCAGAUACCCUCUGUUAGAGGUGAGGUUCUUAGAAUCCUUUUGCCAGAAAUAUUAGGACUCUCAUCUCAAGCAUGUAUGUCUCUACACCUCGUCAGUAAGAUCAGCAGUUUUUACUACUCUCUGCUGCUGCUCAACUUGUGUACAGCGUUGGGUCCGUGGUUCAUUGGUGAGGUUAUAGACGGACACAGCGGCGCCUGUUUUUCUUUUGGUGUGUUUGUAAACGGUCAUUUCCUCGAGGGCAGCCUCACCUAUGUUGUUGGAGUCAUGCAGCUGCUCUUCUUCAAUAUGCCUCUCACUUGUUACCUCUGCUGGACUCUCCAGCAGCGUUGCCGUGGCAACUCCUUCCGCUCACACUUCUGCCGGCGAGGCUGCCGCUGGUGGACUCUCGCCGUGCACCUGGGUAUGCUGAUCCUGCUAAUUUGGCAGGCUUACUCUUGUUACUUUCUGCUGGAGACCUAUGGUCCACUGGCCUUCUUCCUGUCACCCGUACGCACCUGGGCUUUGGGUAUGGGCCUUCUGCUAGUGUACAAGGCCUGGAGGGGUCCUUUACCAAGGCUUGGUGCCAACAGUAAGACUACCACAGGCUCCUGACGACUACACUCUUCCUCUGGCAAUGGCUAUUAAGCCUUCAUCCACUCACUUAGCCAUUAUUUUACCAGCUGACUUUUUGUUUUGAUCUUUUUUUUUGUGCCAAGUUCUCCUCUCUGUGUGUGAGCAAUCACUGCAUUUCCAGGCCUUACCCUCAAAUCGCAGAGGUAGAUAGUAGAGAUGUCACCCCUAAUAGUUUAGCGAUGGUUUAGCCCAAAGUUGUUAAAAUUUGGCACAGUGCACCUAAGGCUGGUUUUUCUUUCAUUGACUUUACUUGAC